AUGUAUCCCAUUUACUCCCUUGACAAUGCAAUCAACAGCUUCUUUAAAACUCAAUCAACCGUGACACGGCAACAAUGCGAUGAAUUUGCUGUCUCUCUUGCUGGUGAACCUGUCAUUCCUGCACCUAUUCAGGGUGCGUUCAGCUAUACUGUCAUAGCAGGAGCCAAGCAAUCCAGGAUCGUGCAAUUUCGGGCUCAGAACUCAGUCCUAAACAUGGUGAUCUUGAAUCUGGCUAAAGCAAUUUAUGGACAAUUUGUGGCGGCCUGCACCUAUCACGGAAAUAUUGGCCGGUCAUUACCACUUUCUGUCUACGUGAUUGAAAAGCUUCCUGGAAUUGCCUAUAUUCAAGCGCGAUGCCUGUAUGGUCUUUCCACUAACCCGUCGUUAGAGGCAGCUUCACGACAGUCCAACACCGUGGUGGAUUUAGCGAGAUUCUUCGCAGCGUCGUGGAAGCAUAGGCAAACACUACCCUGCGAUGUCGUCGAAGCCAUCAAUCACGAUUAUAAGCAUAAAUUCGACCUCCUUUCUCAAGCCUUGCCCUCCCGAUUCACAGAGAAUCUAAGACGAGUUCGUGCAGAACUUUCAUUGCUCUUUACAUCGGCAUAUCCUUUAGUCCUGAGUCAUGACGACCUUUGCGAAAUGAAUAUCUUUGUGGAUCCCAACAGUGGGCAUGUCACUGGGAUUAUCGACUGGGCAGAGGCUAGCAUCCUUCCUUUCGGCAUUUCUUUGUGGGCCUUCGAGAACAUACUUGGCUAUAUGGAUUCUCAAGGAUGGCACUAUUACAAUAACCGUCACAAACUCGAGGACUUGUUCUGGCAAACUUUUGAGGAGGCUGUUGGUCGAAUCUCGGAGAACGAUAGGCGAGCCAUCCGUGUGGCGAGAAUGGCUGGCUUCUUCUUGCGUUACAGUUUCGUGUGGGAAGAUGGAGUUAGGAAAAUUCCUGCGAAGGAGUCGGAUUCCGACCUGAGAUAUCUCGAUGCGUUCUGCUCGACUGGUGACAACCCCCUCUAG